AUGUUUGCUAGCAUAUAUGGCCUAAAGCGUCUGUCAAUGGGGGAUGCCAUUCGGUCUGUGUUAGAAAAUCAGCCAGACACAGAGCUUGCAUUAGACAUAAAAGGUCUUCUUGUAAAGGGGCUAGCUGUGCCUGAUGAGCUUGCAAUCAGAUGUCUAGAAGUGGCACUGAUGGAUCUUCCAUGUAAUACUACAGGGGUGGUUCUGGAUGGAUAUCCAGCAACUGAACAACAAGCUGUCCUUCUGCAAGCCUGCAGCAUAAUUCCUAUAAAGAUCUUCGAAUUAGAAAUACCAAUGAAAGAGAUUUUAAACAGAGGACAACUGGAUAAAAAGGAAUCAAAAAGGCCAUACCCUGUACAUGACAGUGCACAGAUAUUAACUGUGAAAAACUCCAAUUACAAGCAGGGUAUCCAGCAUAUUAAAGAAUAUUAUAUGAUGCAACAUCAAAACUGGUGUGAAGUAGAUGCCACACGGAGCAAAUGGUGGGUGUCCAAUAAAAUCCUUGAAGAAGUC